ACCACAGACUAAACUAUAGAAACUGUGGUGGUGUUCAGGAGGGGAGCUCGUGUCAGUGACAGGUUUGUUUGUGUUUCAGCACGUUGGACAGCUCUCCCACUGGUGCGCCUCUGGCAUGCGCGCCGGGGAACUGACGGGAAGUGACAGCAGGUGGUGGGUUCGAGUCCGAGCACUGACCAUGGCACACUGUCAGCAGCGUCCUCCCUGCACCUGCAUCUGCAACUGAAGAAGAUGAGCAUACCGGAGUUCCUGCUGGAAGUGUCCAUCAUCAUCAUAGCCGUGGUCUCCUUGUUGACUAACUUGUCUGUGGUGUUAUGUUUCACCCACAGCUCCGAGUUGAGAUCCCACGUACCGGGAAUCUUCAUCCUAAACCUCUCUUUCUCCAACAUCCUCCUCGCUGCCAUCAACAUGCCGGCCACUUUUCUCGGUGUGGCCAAAAAGGAGAAGCCCUUCGGAGACCUGUUCUGUCAAGCCGUCAGUUUCUCGGAGACUUUCCUCACCACUAAUGCCAUGUUGAGCAUGGCUGCGCUCAGCAUGGACCGGUGGAUCGCGGUGGUGUUUCCUCUCAGUUACUCCAAUAAGAUGCGUUACAGGGAUGCUCUGCUCAUCGUGGCCUACUCCUGGCUGCACUCCCUCACCUUCUCUCUGACCCAGCUGCUGAUGGACUGGGGGGGGUUCAGCCGCACUUAUGCCUCAUGUACUGUUCACCUGGACCCGGAGGACAGGGCUCAGCUGGCCGCCUAUGCUACCUUCACGGCACUUUUCCACUGCAGUAGUUUUGCACUCUGUCUUCUUGUCCUGUGUUUCGCCUACCUGAAAGUCCUGCGGGUUGCCAGGUUUCACUGUAAGAGGAUAGAUGUGAUCACCGUGCAGACUCUCAUGCUCCUGGUUGAUAUACACCCCAGUGUGAAGGAGAGGUGUCUGGCACAGCAGAGGAAGAGGAGGCAGCGUGCUACUAAGAAGAUAUGCAUCUUCAUCGGAUCCUUCAUCUUCUGCUUCUCACCCUAUGUUAUAACAAGGUUAGUGGAGCUGCUGCCCUUCAUCCACAUCCCCUACUACUGGGGCAUGUCUGCUAAGUGUCUGUCCUAUGCCAAGGCCUCCACUGACCCGUUCGUGUACUGUCUGCUGAGGCAGCAGUACAGGAAAGCCCUGGUUAAUGUCAUCGGCAGGAUUCUGCCCCGGGAUCGUUACUCUCUGUCUCUCCACAGCACCAGCAGUACGUUGGACACCACAGACGACAACUGCAUCGAUAGAAAUACUUAAGCAUAAAGUCAUAGUUUCAGGUUUACUUUUAUGAAAUGAUCUGCAAUCCUUCUGCUGGAAGGUCAAAGGUUACGGUCUGCUAAAAAGCAGCCUCCUUGCAGACGGAAGGGAGUCAGUGCCUUGCUCAAGGACACUUUAAAAGAGGGCUGUUCCAGGGGAGUCUUUAAGCCAGAAUGACGUCUAUUGGACUGUUAAGGACACAUAACAGUGUUUACUCAAUCAAACCUCAUGGCCUGUGGUGUACGCCAAAGGUCUGUCAGCAUCAGUCUGUUGUUUCCACAGGGCUCAUCAACCUGCCUUCAGAAGCAAAGCCAAGGAUACACACAUACACACACACACACACACACACACACACACACACAACCUCUACAGAGCACACACAUCAUUAUCUGUACAUAUAUGUUUGAAGAACCACUGGAUCUGUGGGAGGAGUUGGUCUUCAUGUCUCUGUGAAACUCUAAGAAUAUUUAUUCUCUUGUCCGUUUUGGUGCUUAUGUUAACUCUUAUGUUGAGUGAUGUUUUUAACACAGUGCAAAACAUUAAGUGUCAAAAGUGUGAGGAAAUAAAAUGCACAUUAAAGAGAUAAUUGCACUACCACAA